AUGUUGAAUACUGAGUGCAGACCUAGCGUCGGGUUGGACCAGGGAGCAACAGCCAGGGAUCCUUGGCUAACAAAUACCAUGGAUUACUAUCUGGGAACAGAUAGUCUAUCCUUGCAGGAGAUGCUGGACGUCGACAUAAAGUGCGAGGUCGAGAGCCUUAUCGGUGGAAAUCCAACAGUAGGAUUCUGCUUCAAAGAAAUGUCCCCGCUGGAGCUAGAUGAUGAUCCAGUGGACUAUCACAGCGACUUGAACAGCUGGUUCGGCUCGGCCAGUCUGCUAAACGGCAACAGCAACAGCUCUCACAGUAAUUUCAACCUUGACCUUAAUGGAGAUGUCUCGUCGAUAAUGGUGAAUCCAAAUUCAGUGAUGCCGAUUUUGGUAUCAAGAACUCCAACUCCCAGCAACAACAGUAGUAGUAAUAAUAGUAAUAACAACAACAACACCACCAGCAACAACAACAACAACAACAACAACAAUAAUAGUAAUAGUAAUAACAAUAAUAAUACUUAUGCUAAUAGUAAUACCAACCACCAUAAUAAUUGCACGAACCACAACAACAACAACAAUAAUAGUAAUAACAAUAAUAACAACAACAGCAGUAGUAAUAACAAUAAUAUUUUUAAUGGGGUCUUACAAGCAAGAAGACAUUUCUCAUUUCCCAUUAAGAGCGAAAUAAAAGCAGAAAAGGUCGAAGUUGAGGAUGAUGUCGAGACUGGCAAUGAAACGGAUAAUGAGCAUUACGAGAAUGACAUCACCGAAACAGAGGAUGAAGAAGAUGACGAUGAUGAUGAUGAUGAUGAAGAGGAAGAAGAAUCUGAAGAUGAACAGGAUGAGGAAACUGUAAUGAUGAACGCUGCGAGGUCAAUUAAAUUGAAACAGCCACAACAGCAACAACAACUUCAACAAUUACAACAGCAGGCUCAAAACAAUCCUCAGCAACAAAUGCACCUCAAAACAGUUCCAACCAUCAAGACGUUGCCCCCACAGGCGAUGACUAAAAUAACAAAUGGACAGAAAGUUGAUCCUCUGGCUCAAAUUAGAGUAAGAAAUUUGAAACUUAUUCAGCAACACAGUCCCAAUGUCCAGACACAACAUGUAAGAAAAAUCUUCAAUAAUAAUGUGCAUAUUACAUCACCGAGUACAACUGGAAAUUCAACCUUGAAAAGGGAUAAGGAUUUUACUCUUAAUAUUGCGGAGUAUGAUGAGAAGCCCUAUCCAAAACCAGCCUACUCCUACUCUUGUCUUAUCGCAAUGGCAUUGAAGAACAGCCAGACGGGCUCGCUGCCAGUAUCUGAAAUAUAUAAUUUCAUGUGUGAACACUUUCCGUAUUUUAAAACAGCACCAAAUGGAUGGAAAAAUUCAGUGAGGCAUAAUUUGUCACUGAAUAAGUGCUUUGAAAAAAUAGAAAAGCCAGCCGGCAAUGGAAAUCAACGCAAAGGUUGUUUGUGGGCGAUAAACCCGCAAAAAAUAGCAAAAAUGGACGAGGAAGUACAAAAAUGGUCACGAAAGGAUCCUUUGGCGAUAAAGAAGGCCAUGAUAUACCCGGAUCACUUGGAGCUGCUUGAACGUGGGGAGAUGAAAUACGCUGGAAGUGGAGGCGACGAUCUGUCGGAAGAAGCGGAGAGUUCUGGUGAUGAAACUGCCGAAGAGAAUACAACUUAUGAUGAACCGUCACUCGGACACAUUGCCGCUAACUCCGUGACUGAUAGUUAUGAUGAAAGCAGUCAAGACUGUGACAUCGACAUCACUGAACACUUGUACGAUGAAAUUGACAUUGAAGACAACAAAGAAGCUCUUCACAUGCAGUUUAAUAUCGCUAAAGACGAACCAUACGAAUAUGAAUUGAGCCCCAGUGCCAAGAGACAGAAGACCUUGACUGGUACUAUUCAAGGAAAUUACGUGUAUCAAUCUGUAGCGACGUCUCGCAGGAAAACGCCUUUGCUCGUAAGAACGGGUGCUGCAAAUGGCGCUUUUCUUAAGAUAGAAUAG